GCUGGAAAAUUACAGCUGUGUUGGGUAUUUUCAGAUCAGAUGUUGGUUGGGUAAUUCUGGGCCUGAGUCACACAGAGGGAAAAUCGUGGAAAAUAUACAGAAUCGCCAUUGGGCCAGACAGCCAGAACUUGAGCUAAUUACUGAUCGUGGGGAGAACAGGGAAAGGGCUCUGAUUCUGUCAAAUGAUUGGUUCGGUUUCUGUGUGAGUAAGGCGUGGCCCCACGGUCCUGUCCACGGAUUGUGGAGCCCGGGGCCAACUGGCUGCUUCCCUGGCGGCCUGGGCGAAGAACCAACUCUGACUGAGCGGCUCAUUGUAUGCGCCACGGGCGGUCAGCACGGAGCAGCGCAGCCAGCAGCGCAGGCCCUAACUAGAGGCAUGCGGCUGCCCCGCUUCUCCAGUGCUUUCGUGCUUUCACUCUUGAUAGUACAGACCUGCAUCCUAGUCUUCCUGGUCUCCCGGCAAACACCGUCGUCCCCCACGGCUGGCAACAGGGAGCGUGUGCACGUGCUAGUGCUGUCCUCGUGGCGCUCAGGCUCGUCUUUCUUGGGCCAGGUCUUCAGCCAACACCCAGAUGUCUUCUACCUAAUGGAGCCGGCUUGGCACGUGUGGGAUGCCCUGUCGCAGGGCAGUGCCCCUACGCUCCACAUGGCCGUGCGCGACUUGGUCCGUUCAGUAUUCCUGUGCGACAUGGACGUCUUUGAUGCCUACCUCCCGUGGCGCCGCAACAUCUCAGAUCUCUUCCAGUGGGCCGUGAGCCGCGCCUUGUGCUCGCCACCGGCCUGCAAUGCCUACGCUCGCCGCAGCAUCAGCAGCGAGGAGGUGUGCAAGUCUCUGUGCGCGACGCGCCCCUUCAGCCUGGCCCGGGAAUCAUGCAGCUCUUAUAGCCACGUAGUGCUCAAGGAGGUACGCUUCUUUAACCUGCAAGUUCUCUACCCGUUGCUCAGUGACCCAGCGCUCAACCUGCACAUCGUGCACCUGGUGCGCGACCCGCGCGCGGUGCUGCGCUCCCGAGAGCAGGCCGCCAAGGCGCUGGCCCGGGACAAUGGCAUCAUCCUGGGAACCAACGGCACGUGGGUGGAGGCAGACCCCCGGCUCCGUGUGGUCAGUGAAGUGUGCCGCAGCCAUGUGCGCAUUGCAGAGGCCGCAUUGCAUAAGCCGCCACCCUUCCUGCAAGAUCGCUACCGCCUAGUGCGCUACGAGGAUCUGGCCCGGGACCCACUCACUCAGAUCCGGGAGCUCUACGCCUUUACCGGCCUGAACCUCACGCAGAAGCUCCAGACUUGGAUCCACAACAUCACACAUGGCUCAGGGCCAGGCUCACACCGUGAAGCCUUCAAGACCUCAUCCAGGGAUGCGCUCAGUGUGUCCCAAGCCUGGCGUCUCACACUGCCUUUCGACAAGAUUCAGCAGGUCCAGGAACUGUGCGCUGGAGCCCUGCAGCUGCUGGGUUACCGACCUGUGCACUCUGAGCUUGAGCAGCGGGACCUCUCUCUGGACCUCUUGCUGCCUAGAGGCAUGGACAAAUUCAAGUGGGCUUCCUCCACCGAUGCACAGCCAGGAUCUUAAGAGUCUUAGUGGAGAGUCCCUGUUCUGACAUUAGGGCCUAUUGGAGUAUGAUAAUAAAAGGGCUUGGAGAAACCAGAGGAACAGUGUCUGGGAGUGUUUGGGUGGUCUUUGAAAGGCAUUAUGCUGGCCUGCCCCUGUUACCUGGCGGAACAGGCAGUACCCUGGUCAGCCCAAGGUUCCAUGGGAACUAAGUCUGCACACAGGUGCAGAGGACCCCUUUAAAAGACAGAUCCCUGACCAUUUCUCUGUUUCCUCUUGGCUUCCUCUCUGCUUUGUCUCUACUCUGUCUCUUACCUACACGCUCUCCCUCUGCCUCUCUAUGACAGCCGGCCAUGGCGGUCAGCCAUUUACCCUGUUGUUCUCCUCCUCUUAGUCUCCCUACUCUGCCGGGCCUUAUAAUAAACUUAUA